CGUGAGGUUAAUUGGGCCGAAAGGGACUGGCCCAAAGUCUCAGUUAACUGCCUCAUUUCAGUUCCCCGGGUACUCGCCCUCAUUUAUUCCCAACCUAGACUCACCCGCAAGCGGCCCAGAAACGAGUAAAAUAAAUGCUGUUUGCUCCGUUCCGGAGACGUUUAACUUCACGCUAUCAAUACCAGCUCGCAGGAAUCAUGGAUCCAAACGGGACAGUCCCACAGAAGGACUGGUGUUUAACUUGCACUAUACUGGCGGUGGCAAGAUUGCUUGGCUAACGCUAUCCACCCUCGCCUUUCAGAAAACAAACAUUCGGGGUUUAAGAACGUUCAAAAACUGAAUCCCGUUUAUCGGUCCCCAUAUAUAAAUGUAUGUGUGUCUAAGAACAAUGCCCCCGCCCAUUUCCCUUCCCCUUUUUCUUCUUCUUCUCCUUUGGCUUCAGAUAAGCUUCUGCCAGAAAAAGUUGGCCGAGAGCCAGGGAAUCCUGCAGCUCUUCGCCUCCCCCUUAUCUUGGAGGUCCUGGAAAGAAAACUGGGGAGCGGUUGCUGAUACCAGUUGAGCAACCGCUAACCCAACUCGAAAAUUGCGCAACGAAUUGCUGCGAAGGCCUGAGCGGAAUACAAAUCCCGGCAUGCCGAGCGGAUGCCUCGACCCCUAUUGGUCGCCGGUUCCCCUCCCUCUCGGCACACAUGACUCCAGCCGGCUACUUCUGCUCUGGCCCCUGUUGGAGAGGUUGUAGGUAAAGCGACUUCGCUUAAGGCAGGAGGAAUGGCAUCCUUGUCAGCUCUCAGGGUAUCUCAACGCGGGCGCCGGGGUUUGCUCCUGCGAGGGGCCUUCUGUGUUCACCUGAACAGGAGCUGUCGGUCUGGGACGCCGGUGAGGCAGCAGCAGCAGCAGCAGCAACACGCGCUGGAAUUGCCCUCUGAACAGGCAAUUGCAGUCCCAAGAAGAACACGGUUCUUAUCCGAAGCUGCCCCUUUUUCUGAUUUCCUUACUGAUAGUUUUGGACGCCAGCAUAACUAUUUGAGAAUCUCCAUAACUGAGAAAUGCAACCUCAGAUGUCAGUAUUGUAUGCCAGAGGAAGGAGUUCAGCUAACACCCAAAUCCGAAUUGUUGAGCACCCAGGAAAUCAUCACUCUUGCCAGGCUCUUUGUGAAGGAAGGUGUGGACAAGAUCCGUUUGACCGGAGGAGAACCUCUUAUCCGGCCUGAUGUGGUGGACAUCAUAGCUCAGCUACGCAAAUUAGAAGGGUUGAAAACCAUCUCUGUCACAACAAAUGGGAUCAAUUUAGCCAGAUUGUUACCCCGGCUAAAAGAGGCUGGCUUGGAUGCCAUUAAUAUCAGCUUGGACACCUUGGUACCAGCUAAAUUCGAAUUCAUUGUCCGUCGAAAAGGAUUCCACAAAGUAAUGGAAGGAAUUCACAAAGCUCUUGAUCUUGGCUAUAAUCCUGUUAAGGUGAACUGUGUGAUUAUGAGAGGACUCAACGAAGAUGAGCUGCUGGAUUUUGUUUCUCUUACAGAAAAGCAGCCCCUGGAUGUGCGCUUUAUAGAAUACAUGCCUUUUGAUGGCAACAAGUGGAACUUCAAGAAAAUGGUGAGCUACAAAGAAAUGCUGGAUACAAUUAAACAGAAAUGGCCAGACUUGAAAAUGUUGCCCUGUGAAGAAGCUUCUAGCACUGCCAAGGCAUAUAGGGUACCACAUUUUCAAGGGCAAGUUAGCUUCAUCACUUCCAUGUCUGAGCAUUUCUGUGGAUCCUGCAAUCGGCUAAGGAUCACAGCUGAUGGGAAUUUGAAGGUCUGCCUUUUUGGAAAUUCAGAAGUGUCCUUACGGGAUCACUUACGAUGUAAUGCCUCUGAAGAGGAGUUGAUCCAGAUUAUUGGGGCAGCUAUUGGCAGAAAAAAGAAACAACAUGCAGGCAUGUUCAACAUUUCCCAAAUGAAGAACAGGCCAAUGAUCCUCAUUGAGGCAACAUCAAGGUCAUUUCCACUUCUCCAAGAUGCUCUGCAGGACCAAGUAAAUUUGAAAGAUUGGGGCCUCAGACAAGGCCACUGCCUGACUCUGAAAGAAAGUUUAUUCAAACAGAUGGGGAAAAAGUUUAAAACAAAUACGUUUACAGGACACCAUGCCUUGCCAGGAUCUUACUCAGCACGACAACUCUCAUCAAGGAUUUCACAAGCUCAGCUCAGUAGCAAUUGCUUUCUUCUGAAGACUUUGAGCUGCAGCUUGAAUGACAAGUGCCUUUGGACAGGAACAACUCUCUCCAAACAGGCUUCCCAUGUGACUAGAGACAUUCGUUCCAGGAUGGUAAGCCAAGCAGAGAAGGGUUGGAGAUCUCUUUCGACUGCCAAAUGUCUUGGUGCAUCUGAUUGUUUAACCCACAUUGACCGAGAAGGCCGAGUAUCAAUGGUAGAUGUUGGCAGGAAGCCAGACUCGGAAAGGAUUGCAGUGGCUUGUGCUGUGGUCCGUCUGGGUGCAAAGGUAUUCAACUUAGUGCAACAGAACCAAAUUAAAAAAGGUGAUGUGCUGGCAGUGGCCCAGAUAGCUGGAAUCCAGGGAGCCAAGCUAACAAGCCAGCUCAUUCCACUGUGCCAUAAUGUCCCGUUGAAUCUGGUUGAGGUUACUCUUAGUCUAAAUGCAGAAAAACAUAACAUUACCAUUCAGGCUCUCUGCCGCACCCAUGGAAAAACUGGGGUGGAGAUGGAAGCUUUGAUGGCUGCCAGUCUUGCUGCUUUGACAGUGUAUGAUAUGUGCAAAGCAGUGAGCCAUGACAUAAUCAUUGAAGAUGUAAAACUCCUCAGCAAGCAAGGGGGGCAGAGGGGUGACUUUAAGCGAGAGUGAUUAAAAGUUUUUAUUUAAGAGAUUGACAUACUUUAUCCUUGGAAUCAGAGGUGGGUUCCUACUGGUUUGGACAGGUUUGGCUGAGUAGAUAGUAACUCGGCCGCCCACACACACG